GCCGGAGCCGGAUGAGCUCCGCCGCGCCGCCGUCGCGGGCUUCGGGACCCGGGGGCACCUCCGUCCGCUCCCUCCGGUCUCCGACGCGCGGUCGCAGAAUAUCAUGGCCCUGCGAUGCAUUUGGAUUUGGUACAUGGUAGUUGACUAGUUUUGUCUUAGACUGGUGCACGCCAUUGACUUCAGCAAUUUGGUUGAUGCGUACAAUGCUAUGACUUCAGUAUUUUGAUAGAUGCUUACAAAAAGAAUCUCUCCUUUUGUCAUGCCGCCACUCAUAUUCUAUGGUUGUUCAACGAUCAACAUUUGUUGUGUCGUUUUUGAUGCUUUUUUCGUAGCUAUGACCUGACUUUAGUGCAUCCACUCCACAUUCCAAGUUUACAUCUGAGCAUAUGCCAUACAGUAGCAGUAGUCAGUAAAGGUCUGGUACGAGUCCGUCCCUUGGUUUCAUUUGUGGGACUGUGAAAUAAUAUCUAUCCCUUAGUCUCACAAGCUGAAAUUUGUGAGCAGUAGCUUAUGCCGUUGAACUUGUGUUGACUUCAGUGAAUUCAGUCCUAGAGAAUUCUGAAGACAUUAGUUCAAACCUGCCUAGAUGUAUUAUAUUAUGAUGGCGGUUAAUUGUGGUGCCAUUUUUCAAGUGCUUACGUUUUAGCCCAGUCUACAUGCUCAAAGAAGAUUGCUGUCGCCAUCACCUGCGAUUAUAAUCUGCAUCUUUUUAUUUAUUUAUUUUAAACAUCCAUUACCUCAUGCUGAGUUGUGGCAAUCAGGCGUUAUGACUUUUUGGCUGCUGAUGGUAUCGUCUGCUAUCCUCUAUUAAUCUAGGGAAAAUUGGAACCAUGCAACAGCAAAGCUAACCCUUUUCAAUUGCUGUGACCUGAGUAUGACAUUACACUGCAACAUCCAGUGGCUUACAUAAUAACAGCAAAUAUUGGAGGGGCAUGCUUCUCAAUCACAACUUCCCAUUAAUCUACGCUAUAUAGCUUUCAGCGAUAAGGAUGGCAUUGUCAUUAGGGUCUUUCAGGAAUAUUGCCAUUCCAUCACCAACACUGCCGCCCAUUGAUUGUGUUCUUCUUUUAUGUGGGUAGCAUCAUCAUCAGUCGUUUCCUGUGAUAUGUAAGUGCAGUAUUAAAAGGCGUCACAGAGUGCACCCAUUUUGCUGGGUCUUCUCCAUCUGCAUUCUUAUGUUCUUAAGAGGUGAUAUAUCGGGUUCUGUUCGGGUGAAAAAGCAGGCAAAAACUCUCAUUCUAUAACUCCUCUACAAUCCACACAAGGACGCUGUGCUCAAAUCUCUUGGAUGUUAUGGACACAGUCAUGUUGAUAGUACCUACUACCGAUUUUAGCCAAGAGGAUUCCAUGGCGUCUAGCAAGGCUAUAAUGGAGCGUCAAACGGCUCGCAGGGCCCCAACCAAUAUGACACAGAUACUGGAAUCUCUAUUUGCCAGUGUCAACCUUGCUAAAGACCUCACUGUAAGGUGCAGAGGAAGAGCGCUGCAACUCUCAGAUGAUGAGAUGCAAAGCAUAGCACAUGACCUGGAGAGUGUCAUUCAGAACAUAUGUGAUCAUCUUGGCAGGAUAUCAGCAUCAGCACUUGGCAGCAAUGCUUACUCUGACGUGGCAAUGAAGUCACACUCAAGGAAGGGCUACACCGAUGUUGCUAUGUCCAUUAAUGCAGUGACCGAUAUGCCCAAUAGGAGGUCUGUCUACGACAGUGGCAUGCCGAGGCUGGUGGACUUUCUGCAGGGAAUGUACCAUGAAUCACAUGAAUUUGGCGGGCAGACGUUUAACUCUCUCCCGGAGGUCACAGAAUAUGUUGAGCCUCUGUAUGAUGGAUUCUUCUGUCCACUGACAAAAGAGGUGAUGACUGAUCCUGUGAUGACAGAGGGGGGUGUGACAUAUGACAGGAGAGCGAUAGAAGAGCAUUUUGAGAGGUCUGCAGACAGUUCGGAACCUGUCUGCUGCCCUGUCACAAAAGUUCCAUUGCAGAGUAAGGCAGUGAUGACUAAUGCUUCCCUGAAGAGCGUAAUUGCAGAAUGGAGAAUGAGGAAUGAGGCAAUGCGGAUCAGAAUUGCGCGAACUGCGCUGUCACUAUCGACUACUGAGGCUAUGGUUCUUGAGGCCAUACAAGAGCUGAAAUCGCUGACCAAGCUGAGAGAGAAGAACAAGGAGCUGAUGCAUAAGAUUGGUGUCACCAAGGUCCUAUCACGUUUGUUGGACAACCACAAUGAACAGAUUCGGCUUGAGUCAUUGGAGCUUCUGUGCUUGCUAGUUAAGGAUGAAGAAGGAAAGGAAAUCAUUGGAAAGACCAAGGCCAUUGCCAGGACAGUUAAGCUGCUGUCAAGUAGUACUGUUGAUGAACGGCACGCAGCCAUCUCUUUCUUGUUAGAGCUUUCAGAGUCCCAGUUAUUGCUGGAGAAGAUUGGUUCAACUGCUGGAAGUAUUCUGAUUCUCACCACAAUGAAGAUUAAUGAUUCUGAUGAUCCAAUUGCUGCCGAGAAAUCCGGAGCAGUCCUCAAGAACCUGGAAAAGUGUCCAAAGAACAUCAAGUACAUGGCCGAAAGUGGCUACCUAGAACCCCUUUGGAGUCAUCUUGUUGAAGGUCCAGAAGAGGUGCAGAUGGAGAUGAUCAGCUACCUAAGCGAGUUGGUCCUAUACCAGGAAGUCACCAUUGAAAUCACUGAGAGUACGUCGGGCGUCCUCAUCGAGAUGGUGCGCAGCUGCAACACGGUGGUCCAUAAGGCAGCGCUCGAUGUCCUGGUCCAGCUUUCCUCGCACCACCCCAACAGCAAGGUGCUCGUUGAGGCAGGUGCUGUCCUGGUCAUGGUUGAGGAGCUUUUCAUACGGAAGAUAGAUGACGAACCCGAGAGCUACAAGGCCAAGGCUGCCAUCGCCCUAGCCAACAUCGUUGAGUCCGGCAUUGAUCCAGACAUCACCGUGGUGAACAAGGAAGGCCACGUCCUCACGUCCAAGUAUUGCGUCUACAACUUUGUGUGCAUGCUCAAGUGCUUCAUACCCGAUGACUUCAAUCUCAGCAUCAUCCGCCUACUGCUUGCGCUCACCGCAUUUGCCAAGCCCCUGGAUGUCAUGGUCUCAGUGGUCAGAGAGAACCACCGCGGCCAUGCCAUUGUCGAGCUCAUGAGCUCCCCAAUGGAGGCACUUAGCAUUGCUGCGACGAGGCUGCUCAUCACUCUGUCAGCGCACAUUGGCCACACCAUCGCCGAGAGGCUCUGCAAGACUCAGGGGCAGCCGGGCAGGCUUGUCAAAAGCAUCAGCCACGCCAGGCAAAUCACUGAGCGGCAUGCUGCUUCGGUGACGCUCCUCUCAAGGCUACCACACCGGAACAUCUCGCUCAACCUUGCACUCGUGCAAGAGGGCGCCGUGCCGGUUCUGCUGAGCGGGAUAGAAGAGAUGCAGAGCAGCGCAAAGAGAAGGAGCCGGUACGCGGCACAAUACAUGGAGGGUCUGGUAGGCUCGCUGGUGCGGCUCACCGCGACGCUGUACAACCCGACCGUGCUGAAGGAAGCCAUGGACCACAGCUUGGCCUCGGUGUUCACCGAGCUCCUCACCGGAGCUGCUGGAAGCGCUGAGGUGCAGCGGCUCGCCGCCGUGGGGCUAGAAAACCUCAGCUACCAGUCCAUCAAACUGUCGCAGCUGCCACCGGAGGAGGACCCGCGGCCAAAGAAGAAGACAAUGCUGAAGCGCCUAAUGACCACAAGGGCGCAAGGCAACAAGAACCCCCAACACCAACAACCCGUCUGCCCGGUGCACCGGGGAGUCUGCUCCACGGUGACAUCCUUCUGCCUCCUCGAGGCCGGCGCCGUCGAGGGCCUCCUCGUCUGCCUCGAGAGCGACAGCCCCCGGGUCGUGGAGGCCGCGCUGGGAGCGCUGUGCACGCUCGUCGACGACCGGGUGGACGUGGACAGGAGCGUGUCCGCCCUCGCCGAGCUGGAUGCCCCGCGGCGCGUGCUCGGGGCGCUGAGGCAGCACAGGGAGAACGUGCUGUGGCACAGGUGCUUCUGCAUGGUGGACAAGUUCCUGGCGCACGGCGACGACCGGUGCGUGAGGGAGGUGACCGGGGACAGGGUGCUGCCGGCGGCGCUGGUGAGCGCCUUCCACAAGGGCGACGCCGGUGCCAAGCAGGCCGCCGAGGGCAUCCUCACGCGGCUGCACAGGAUGCCCGACUACUCGGCGACCUAUAUGUCCGUGGAGAUUUAGAGAUUCCUUGCCAUGCUUACUGCUGGUGAUCGAUUAAAACAGACGCAUGUUGUAUAUUUAUAUAGGGUGUUUAUAAUUGCUCGUUUCAUUUCCAUCACUGUGAACAUGUGAACCACAACCUCUGGUUCUGGUAUGUAUGCACAUGUGAAUCAAAUGAAUGAGUUUUUUUGUGA